AUGGCGGAAGCACACAAGCAGGAGAACACGGUCUCCAACAAGGAUGUCGAAUCCUCUGAUAACAGCUCUGGCGAGCUGGCUUACGAGUCUAUCUUUGGCUCAGAUGCACCUCCACGUGUGCUGAGCGUGCUGGAUAUCAUCUCCGCCGGCUUCAACAUCUGCAAUUCGUGGUGUGGUCUUGCGGCCACUCUGUUCCUGGGCUUCCUCGCUGGCGGUCCCGUCACCAUCAUCUAUGGCCUCGUCGUUGCGACCUUCGUCAUUGGCUGCUGCUGUCUGUCCAUGGCGGAGCUGUCAGCCAAGUACCCAACGGCCGGUGGCCAGUACCACUGGACAUACAUCGUUGCCCCCAAAUCAGUCAAUCGCGGUGCCAGCUAUGCCGCUGGGCUGAUCAACAUCUUUGCCUGGCAGGCCAUUGCGGCCUCGAUCUGCGUCAUCAUCCCUCAGCUCGUGCUGGGUAUGGCUGUCUACUGGAACCCAACAUUCACCCCGCAAAACUACCAGUCCUUCCUGAUAUAUCAGGCAACGAACCUCCUCGUCCUGGGCUACAACAUCGGCGUCCUCCGCUGGGCUCCAUGGACGCACACCGUCGGCUUGGUCUACUCCCUCCUCCUAGGUUUCUCCAUCUUCGUCGCCUGCCUAGCCAAGGCAUCACCAAAGGCGCCCAAUGACACGGUCUGGACGCUCUUCGUCAACGAGGGCACCGGCUGGCCAUCCGGAGUCGUCUUCCUCACCGGCAUGGUGAACCCCAACUUUGCCUACGUCGGCAUCGAUGGCGCCGUCCACCUAGCCGAAGACGCUUUGAACGCCGCCACCGCCGUCCCCUGGGCUCUGAUCGCCGCCGUCACCAUCGGCUUCGUAACCUGCUUCCCCUUCGUAGUAGCCAUGUUCUACUGCAUCUCGGACCCCAGCGCGAUCCUCUCAUCCCCCGUCCCCAUCUUCGGCAUCUUCGAGCAGGCCCUCCGCUCCGGCAGCGGCGCCACCGCGCUGACCACCCUGCUCAUCAUGACGGGCAUCUUCGCGCUCAACGCCACGCAGCAGACGUCCUCGCGCCUCAGCUGGUCCUUUGCGCGGGACGGCGGCCUCAUCUUCAGCAAGCAGAUCGGGCACGUGCACCCCAAGCUGGGUGUGCCGGUGUGGGCGCUGCUCUUCAACGCCGUCGUCGUCUUCAUCAUGGGCUGCAUCUACCUGGGCAGCCAGGUGGCCUUCAACGCCAUCGUCGGCACCUGCCUGAUCCUCAUGCACAUGUCCAUCGCCAUCCCCAUCCUGUUCCUGAUGCUGUCGGGCCGCGCCGAGCGCUUCCUGCCCAGGAAGGGCCACUGGAACAUGGGCGCUCUGGGCUGGCUGCCGAAUCUGUUCACCGUGGCGUGGAGUCUGAUCACCUUGAUCUUCUACUGCUUUCCGACCACGAAUCCGACGACGAGUGGCAUGAUGAACUACGCGAGUGCGGUGCUGGGUGUCUUCUUCCUCUGCGGGCUGGCCAAUUGGCUGGUCUAUGCCCGGACGCGCUACCACGGACCAAAGAUCGACAUGGCUAAGCUGGAGUUGUUGACUGCUCGUUCCUGA